GAAAAAUAUCUCAGGUAAACAGGCCCAUCUGCUACAAUUGCAGAUUUGUAGGCCUGCUUUCUAGAGAAGGAAGCUCUCUCCUCCCCGCGCGGGACAUUUGACAUGGCGGCGCUUGCUAGGCUAGUUGGUAGAAACCUAAAGCCAACAAGUACGACAAGCUCUUCCUUCCUCCCUCUAAUUUCUCGCAGAGGUAUUGCUUCUAAGCUCUUCGUCGGAGGUCUGUCAUUCUACACAACAGAGAAGGGCUUAUCUGAAGCAUUUUCGCAGUAUGGCCAAGUUAUUGAAGCUACAAUCAUCACAGACAGAGUCUCAGACAAAUCAAAAGGUUUCGGAUUUGUGACAUUUGCAUCUGAAGAUGAAGCCGUGAAGGCCCUUACGGAAAUGAACGGGAAGGCACUGAAUGGGCGGGUUAUUUUUGUGGACUACGCGAAACCAAGACCUACUUUUGGCAGCGGAAUGCCAAUAGCAAGAGGACCUCCUGAACUGAAAACUGAAGAUUAACAGACAGGAAUAAGAGGUACUUUGUAAAGGCUAGCAAGGAAAAGGAGAAAACCAACAGUCUAUUCAACUUGCAGAAGAGCACUGGAGUAGAAGCUCGAGCUGAUGAAUGAUCAGGUUUGUGUUGUACCCAAAAUAACUAUUUUGACUUUUUCCAAUUUACCUUUUUUUUUCACCUUGGUAAUUUUAUUUUUAUGACUUUAUAUAAGAUUAUUAGAUGAGUA